GUCAGUACUCUUUUAUGAGACAACAAAGAAAUCAAGAAUUGAUCAUAACUUGAAAAUCAAACGUCGGUGGCAUCGCACAAACGCGAGCCACGUGUCUAACACGCUAGCAGUUGUCUCUAAAGAAUUCAUAGACCAGACAACUCUCGGGAGCUUGGUAUCGAGAAUUUUACUGAGUUAUCAAGAAGUCUGCGGCUUUACUGGGAAGUGGGGUAGCUUUCUUUUUCAUUCGAAAAGCCUUUUCAUUGUAGAUUGAGAAAGGGGUUGCUAUCAGCAAAUGCAAAAGAGAGCAAUCACUCAUGGAGUUUGGCUUGAAUGAAGAUGCGCAAGAUAAGAGUGGCAUCACCUCAAAUCAUGGGCGUGAUGAUGUUUCAGAGGUGGCCAUGACUGAAAACCUACAAGAACAACUUCAUCCUUCUCCAGGCAUCCAAAACAUUGACAUGUUCAGAAAGCAUGAGGCUUCUGCACCUAGGGAUGCUUCUGGAGAAGUAAAUAUGGAAGCUUCUGUUACUGCCGACGAUGUUAUGCAGGCUGGAGGGUUUGGAACUUCUGACAGCAUCAGUAGUUUCCUCCCAGUUGCAAGUGAUUUCACAGAUUUUGAGGACCACCUUCGAAGAGUUCAGGGAUAUGAAGAUGCAGUAGAUAAAAUUGCUGGAGGAAAAUCUGAUCCUUCAAAAGACAUUCAGGAAGUUGGCAAAGUUCAUGUUAAAGACAUUGACAAUGCUGAGGAGCAUGAUGCCUUUGAAGCAGUAAAUAUGGAAACUUCUGUUACUUCGGAUGAAAUGAUACGGGCUGGAGGCUUUGGGGCUACAGAUAAUAUAAGUAGUUUCCUUCCAGUUGCUAGUGAUUUUACUGAUUUUGAGGCCUAUCUUCGUGAUGCUCGAGAAUAUGAAGGUUUAGACGAAGAAAUCAAUCGGCCUGGCCUUGGCUGGAAUAGUGAAGCAAAGUGAGUGAUUGCGGUUACAAAAGUGACUUGGUUUCUUCUGGUAUUUCUCUCCCUAAGAUUUGAAGUCCUGUUCCUCAUGGUUGUAUUUGUGACUACUGUACUAGAGUUUUGAAUGAUUUCCUUUGGACAUAGUUACUCCCAAAUAAUCAUUCUAUGCCAUCAAGUUUUGUGCGCACUUGUAAAUGCAACAAGUGACUUGCUGCAUUUCCGGCAUUAGCUUGAUGUUGAUAUCUGAUGUCUUUGGUACUGUAUUGUCGAUGUGAAUGUAAGACUUAAGUUUUCAAGGAUUCUCUGUACUUCUGAUA